AUGGCUUCGAAAGAGUAUAACUCCUAUGGCGACAUUGCCGGCGACACCAUUUUCAUCGGCGAUCAGAGUUUCCAAGCGGAAACCAUUCAUUUCGGUUCCUCAAACAAGAACAAAUAUCUAGAAGAUCUAUACUCCGCUGGGUGCGACCCAUCCGCAAUAAAGGAGCGAUUAGCGGAUGAAGCAGACCUUAUCAACGAAUCCUUAGCCUGGAUUUUUCAGAAUGAAACAUUCAAGAGCUGGCUUGGGGGCGAGAGCCAUCAGAUCUUGCGUAUCACUGCUGGGCCCGGAAAGGGGAAAACAAUGACAAUGAUCGGAAUAAUCAACCACCUGGAGACUGCCAUAACACCGGCGGUAGAAUGCGAGAUGUCUUACUUCCUAUGCCUCGGGGAAGACGUCCGUCUUAGUAGCCCUGCGGAAAUCAUGAAGGCCUUGUUACAUCAAAUACUUACGAGGAAGUCAAACAAAUACCUCAGACACCAUCUUAGCGAGCCAUACGACAAAAAGGGUUCCAAGAUGUUUGAAGGUGCAAAUGCGUAUAUAUUCUUACGGAAGAUCUUAAUGGAUAUAAUAAUUGAUAGUCACGCCGACAAAUUUUAUUUCCUCAUCGACGGUCUGGACGAGUGUAAAAACCUCGACAUCUUGCUGGAAUUCAUCAAAAACACAACUACAUCUAGCAAUAAGGUUUACUGGCUAGUAGCUAGUCGCAAUUUGCCUCGUAUUGAGGGGUUCUUUGACAACUUUGAACAAAAAGGCUACCCACAGCUCAUAAUCAGGUUCGAGGAUUGUGAUGAAGAAAUAAACUUCGGUAUAACGAAAUACAUUUUACGGGAUGUGAACGCGUUAGACGAUUACUACGACGAGGAGAGCAGGAACCGAAUUUUCGAAGCUCUAAGCAACAGAUCUAACGGAACAUAUUUGUGGAUAAGAUUUGCUUGUAAAGCACUAAAACUAAAACCAACUACUAGCAUGGAGGAACUUGACAAAAUCCCUACUGAACUAGCCAAGAUAUAUGACAAAAUAGUGGAAACCUUGAGCGGUGAUAAAGAUUGGGAGAUCAUGCUGUUAAUCAUUCAUACAGCCACAGCGGCCUUACGCCCAUUGAGACUAGACGAGAUGAUGGCCCUGAUCAAAUACGACUCAACAGUACUUGAGAUUUCGGUAUCAGGAAUGCUGAGAUUGAUCAAAAGGCUCAUUCAAUGCAGCUCUUUUCUGACACUUCGGGAUGGGUCGAUACACUUUAUACAUCAUACUGCGAGAGAACACUUUGAAAACCGAUCUGAGGUACUAUCAAGACACAAAAUUCUCUACCAAAAAUGUCUCCAGGUAUUCCAGGAAAAGUUGGCGAACGGAAUGGGUAGUGGAACUAGGGAGCCAGUAGGCUAUCUGGAGUACGCUUGCUGUUAUUGGGGCAGCCAUUUUCUUCUGUAUUUGAGAUAUAACACAGAUAACUGGGGCGAUGCCGAAAAAAAGGCAGCAAGGGAGCAGAUAUCAGUAUUUCUCUGCCGCGAUCUCCUCAACUGGGCCACAGCUCUUGGUGGGAUUAAAAAGGUUGCGAAAGGGGUAGCUCAGCUGGCUGAAUUUGAGGAGAACAGUUAUUUUAACUUGAAACUCGAAGAUGCUGGUCUUACAAACAGAAUAUUGGAGGCUCGGGAAUUCCUAUCAGACCAACGAUCACUUCUCGAGGAGGACCCCCUCUAUAUACACUCAGGUAUUCUAUUUAGCCCUGCAAACGGUGCAAUCAAAGCAGCAUAUAAAUCCAAGAUCCCAUCAUGGGUCAAAAAGGAGCCUCGCACGACCUACUAUCGGGACCAGUGUUUUCGCGUUUUCGAAGGAUUCGAACUCGGCGUUGGAAUGAUCUCUCGAUCUCCUGAUGCAUUGGCUCUUUCUCUCAAUGCUGAAACCGUUGCAGUUGGGUUCAACGGAUCGAAAAAACUGGAUGACGAGGGGGGGUUUCUUCGCGAGACCAUCCAAAUAUGGGAUGUAGCUUUCGGGGCUUGUAUGCUCUCAAUCCAGUUCAGAGGUGAUGAAAUUGCUCACCGUUUACCAAGACAAGACUCCGAUUUGCUCUUCAAAGGCAUCGGUUUCACAGAGGAUAGAAAAAAACUUGUCGUAAUAUCCAGGCAGUCUGAUGAAUCGACUGGCGAGCGUUACGAAGACAUCUUUUCCCGGUUUGAAGUUGCUACUGGGAACCUGGAAAUUUUAUUUGCAUUUCCAGCUGACAAAAAGCUUAAGACUCCAGAAAAUAGAUUAGGGGCUAAGCGGAGAAGUGCAACUCCUGCUUCUUUACUUCUGUCUCCGAAUUGUCAGUACUGCGUGGGGUUCGACGCUGAGGGUCGAGACAUUUUUAUUUUCAAAACGGACGCCGAAUUGAACCCGAAUCCAAUCUAUCUUUCCCAUGAACAUCCUAAUCGUAUCGAACAAAUUGUUUUUUCUCCAAAUAGCGAGGUUUUCGCAACCAUAUCGAAGAAUUUCGAUGACCAUAGCGAGAAAGCUCUUUCCCACUGCUCGAAGCUCUGCGCCGAAGUGCGAAUUUGGGACGUACAGACGGCAGCUUUGAGACAUACUAUCAGACCCUUCUCGCGAUACUACCUUCACAUCUUAUAUCGUGUCUCUAAAACCAAGGUUUCGAUGCAUUUCUCUCAGGAUGGAGGCCUUCUAGCGAUUUUAGCCGCUAAUAGUACGUUUGAGGAAGGGCGAGUUAACAUGAUCGAGAUGUGGAAACCUUCUAGUGGCGAGUUUGUAGGUCCUAUUUGCUUCAAUGCAAUAGUAGAAGAAGAUAGUUUUUCUUUUCUGCGAAGCAACAGUAUUUUCGUCUGUACGACGAGAUCAAAAAACGGCAGGGUGCCCAAAACAUGGAUUUUUAAUAUUUGCACCGAUGGUGAAAGCGGUGCUACCACUCUGCACGUGCAUCAAGCCGUUCCGCAACGAACUUUUGCCGCACGGCUUUCCGACAACCAUAUUUUAUGCCAAUCGAAAUCAUACGAUCAGGAUUCUCAGAAGGAAUCGAGCCAUCGGUGGCUCAUUUGGGACCUUGAAAAUGAUAAUACUAUCCAUUGGACGAUACCAGCAACAAGCCAUCGAUUGUUUGCUUUAUCUGAAGCCAAAAAUAUUUUGGCAAUAGCUUCUCAGAGUGGGCUUAGUCUAUGGAAUACGAAAGACUAUCCCAAACCAAUAUCCUCAACCAGCACACGAUGGGAAUCAAAAACAUACGAUCCUCUAACUGAUCUCUUUCAAAAUCGAUUGCCAAGUCCACGUCAUAUGGAAGAAUACAUACCCGUCUUCGAACCUGGCCCUGACGGAAUCAAUCAGAAAGGGACUAAUGCUAGCCCUCUCGGUCUUAGAACCAACUUAAUCAAUUUAGAUCUUUUUAUUUUUAAGAUCGGGGUGGCAGAAUUUCUCCGCUGGCCAAUAGUACAAAUUUGCAACAAAAUGAUUUCUGAAUAUAUCACCGGUAGCAAAAACGAUACUCUUUUCGGAAAGCACGGUGCGAUAGUCUCUGCGCACAAUAUCUCAAACGAUCGGACCAUAGCGGUCACAGCGGGAGAAGACAUAUGGAUAUGGGGCGUAGAGAAUCAGGAACUCCAGCAAAUUAUACAUCUCGAGGGCGACCGGUACGACAAGUUAAGCCAGCGGGCUACUUGUAUUUCAUUCUCUCGGGACGAUCAGCUUUUGUUCGCGUGGUCUGAGGCUGUGAGUAAGUUUACAGGCAAAUGCACACAAAACUUACAUAUUUAUGACCUCCGUGAAACGCCAAGGGAGCCAUCCGAGUCAUGUCAGGGAUGGCAUUUCGAAAUGCACGGUUAUAAUUCCCCUGUUACGGUAAUGGCCAUCUCACCAGACAAUUCAACUAUUAUGUGCAUGUAUACAGAGGCGGGAUCGGGGCCUGAUUAUGUCACUACCAUUGGUAGCAUCCGUCUGGAAAAGCUAGAAUCACGCACACCCUCUCUAUGGCGAUACCUCCCUAUCCAAACCUUCCAAAAGACCAGGAUUAUAUUAAGUUUCGCCCAUGACGUUUUUAGAAUGUCAUUAAAGCAGCGAGAGGCCCCCUUCGUCUUAUGCCCGGGCUCUACAAAGGGAGUAGUGACUGCUUCAUAUUCUGAGGACGGUAGACUCUUGGCGUUUGCCGAUGACGCCUGGGUAUAUUUAUAUGACGCGGAGGAAAAUUUAAUUUCUGGGGUCAGGGUCGGGGCUGAUCUGAAAAUUCAUCGACUAUCGAUUUGUUCGGGAAAUAGGUGCUUGAAUGUGGGAUAUGUUAAAUUUGGGCCCGCGGACCCGGGGAACAAGAGGAUCCCGACACCGAGGAAUGAGCAAUAUCCGAUCCAGCGCUCGAGUUCUCCCUUGCGAGGGCUGCAGUUAAGAAAGUAUCCUUUCAAGAGGGAUAUCGACGCGGUUUGCGAUGACUCCCCGUUUCUUUACUUCCACGAUCAUUGGCUUUGGUUCGGCAGUCACAAAAUUUUUUGGAUUCCUCGCCCAUAUCGAUCUGAAAAGUAUUCUUGCACGUCGGAUGGUCUUGUAACCGUAGGCUGUCCUAAUGGGAAUGUUUACCGCUUACAGUUGGAUCUAAAGGCACUCGCUGCAGAACUACAGACGGGCAGGAGUGAGCUGAGGAAAGAUUGGUUCUGCAUCUGUCGACUACAAGAAAAAGAGAGAGCUGCCCCUAAUACUGGUCUCAUUGGUGGCAGAAGCCACGAAGUACACCCUGAUACUGAUUUUUUAAAUGAUUCCGAUUAUUAUUUUUGCCGGCAAAUGGAGUCAAAGAUGAAUUCGCGUGAGUUCUUAGCUUAUGGCAUGCCUGGAGAAAGGAGAUACUUUCUGCAAUUGCAGGGCAAUAUACUCUCUGAUAACUACUUUCAAUCUUAA